AUGGGGCGGGCUUUUAGUGAAGGGACAGUGGUGAGAAAGAUGGCGGCGACUCUGGGUCCCUCUGGGUGGUGGUGGCGGCGGUGGCGGUGGCGGCGGCGUCUGUCUGCUUGGGAUGGGUCCAGGAUGUUGCUCCUUCUCCUUUUGUUGGGGUCUGGGCAGGGGCCCCGAAAAGUCGGGGCGGGUCAGACGUUCGAGUACUUGAAGCGGGAACACUCGCUGUCGAAGCCCUACCAGGGUGUGGGCACUAGCAGUUCUGCAUUGUGGAAUCUGAUGGGCAACGCCAUGGUGAUGACGCAAUAUAUCCGCCUUACUCCAGAUAUGCAAAGUAAACAGGGUGCUCUCUGGAACCGGGUGCCUUGUUUCCUGAGAGACUGGGAGUUGCAGGUGCACUUCAAAAUCCAUGGACAAGGGAAGAAGAAUCUGCAUGGGGAUGGCUUGGCAAUCUGGUACACAAAGGAUCGGAUGCAGCCAGGGCCUGUGUUUGGAAACAUGGACAAAUUUGUGGGGCUGGGAGUAUUUGUAGACACCUACCCCAAUGAGGAGAAGCAGCAAGAGCGGGUGUUCCCCUACGUCUCAGCCAUGGUGAACAAUGGCUCCCUCAGCUAUGACCAUGAGCGGGAUGGGCGGCCAACAGAGCUGGGGGGCUGUACGGCCAUUGUCCGCAAUCUCCAUUAUGACACUUUCCUUGUGAUUCGCUAUGUCAAGAGGCAUUUGACGAUAAUGAUGGACAUCGAUGGCAAGCAUGAGUGGAGGGACUGCAUUGAGGUGCCCGGGGUCCGCCUGCCCCGGGGCUACUACUUUGGCACCUCCUCCAUCACCGGGGAUCUCUCAGACAACCAUGACAUCAUUUCCCUGAAGCUAUUUGAGCUGACAGUGGAGAGAACCCCAGAAGAGGAGAAGCUGCAUCGAGACGUGUUCUUGCCCUCGGUGGACAACAUGAAGCUGCCUGAGCUGACAGCCCCGCUGCCGCCCCUAAGUGGCCUGGCCCUCUUCCUCAUUGUCUUCUUCUCGCUGGUGUUUUCCGUGUUUGCCAUUGUCAUUGGGAUCAUACUGUACAACAAGUGGCAGGAACAGAGCCGAAAGCGUUUCUACUGAGCCCUCCUGCCGCCACCCCCACUGUGGCUGUUUCCGUGAGGUGUGGGAGGAACGGGCGCUGGCCUGACCACACAGCCCAGUGGUCUUCUCCAUUCUCCAGCAGCUGGUCAGGGACUAUGUUCUGUCACUGGAGCUUUGAGUUCAGGGACACUGUAUUCCCAUGGUCAUCUGUGAGGACCUCUGACUCUGGUUCAGGAAGCCCACCCACCGCAGGGCAAUGCUGCUGUGAUGUGCCUUUCCCUGCAGUCCGUCCACCGGGAGCUCAGAGGGUGGAGAUAGGAUCUCCUGGUAUGAUGCCAAGAUCACAGAAAAGAACUUCAUAGCCCAGGAUGCCUUGGUGUUGGACUCAGGACCCCCGUGCUUCUCGAUUAAAUCUGCAAAGAAUGGAACACUCCUCAUACCUUCCCGCCAUCCAUUCAUUCGUUUUUGCUUUUGGUCUAAGCCUCUGUCCACCUGAGCAGCUCUCCUUGGAAAUCUGGGAGGAAACUUCUCCCUCCUUUUACCGUCCUCUUCACAUGCAGCCUGAGAUCGAGAAGACCUUCCAUGCCUGUCUGUUGGAGCCAGGGCUGCAGAACAAACAUGUUGCACUGAUCCUCAUUAGGUGUCCGCAGGGAAGGCUUUCUGCUUUGGCCCGCUGCUCUAGCCUUUCCUUGUCAGCGUGGAUCCUGGUUCUGUUGGCGUGUUUGUGAUCUUCCCAAUGAGGCUCUUCCAUUCGGCCCUCAGUCUUGUUUGGCUGGAAGUUGGUGUGCAAGUCAAGAGAAGCUUGGAAGAUCUCGUGGAUGAGUGGGAUUAACUGACACAGACCUGCUACAGGUUUUGACACCAGAAGCAACAUUUGCUGAGUGACCCGGCCACAUGGAGAUGUUUCUGGACCAACCGGAGCCUGCUUAGCUGCAUGUUUUGUGUCUGUCAUGGUCUUUGGAAUCUUUGAGUGUUCAAAAUGUAAGAAAACUUUUUCUUAUAGCCUCGGCCUGGAUACUCCCCAGGAGGAAAUCGGGCUUCUUUUUCUUAAUGGAUAAGAAAGUUGCUGUUCUCUGGGGUCAAUAGGCUCUCAUCAUCUGUGCCUGGAAGAGUUUGUUGUCAUUGAGCAAUAGAGCCUGAGUGUCAUCCUCCAGGGGUCAGCCCUUAUUCACUGCCUAUUGGACAAGGGGUCACACACCGCUCCACUCACCUAUCUGCCUGUGAUGAGAUUGGUUGAUAGAGGGCCCAGAGCUGAGCUCUCCUAGCCUGUGCUUCUGUAGCCUAAGGGAAAUUCGUAAAAUGGCUGAUGGAAACCCAGCAUGAGCUUCUGACUCGUGUUCUUCCUUCUAGGCGUGGGUUUAGGAAGGCUCCAGGCCUUUUUGCUGAGCCCGUCAGUCCUUGCUCUGCCUUUCCUCCAUUGUGAAAUCCUCAGCUCAACCCACAAGGAAAGGAGGGUCACCUUGACCUGGUAUGGUCUCUAUCCUCUUGGGCUUGCUUAUAGCCUUCCAGGUGCUUAAUUAGCAUCAUGGGCAGUAAUACUCUCCUGCAGGCAGGAUUAAGGUGGGAUCUGCAUAACCCUUCCCCACCACAGUAGAGCAGCUCCAAAGUGCCAGGGGACCAGCCGAUCGAGAGCUUGG